GCUUUGUGCAUGGGAAAAGAAGAUACCGUGUAACCUUUCCCACCGAAUGGAGCUAAGUACCUCAUUCUCAUCAAAUUCAAUUCGAUCAUAAACUGUACUAAACCACACUAAGCUACCAAAUCAUACUAAACACCCAAUUCCAGCGAUUAUAUUCUCCGGCCGGCGAUGAAAAAGCCGACGCUGGGUCCCCGGCGGCGCACCAACCCGUUGGUAUGGUGUCUGGCCAUAAUCUGCGCCGUCCUGACAAUCGUCGUCAUCCUCACCGGAAUCGUGGUGUUCAUCGGCUACAUGGUGGCGCGUCCAAAAGUGCCGCAAAUGAGCGUGGCCAACGCGCACAUCGACACGCUCUACUACGACAUGGUGAGCCUCCUGACCGUUAAGAUCUCCAUCGUGAUCAAGGCGGAGAACGACAACGCGAAGGCCCGCGCGUACUUCUACAAGACCAGCUACGCGCUGAGCUUCCACGGCGUCAAAGUCGCGUACCUCAACGCCGACCCGUUCGAGGUGCCCCGGAACAGCUCCACGGAGCUGUAUUACCAGGUGGAGUCGUCGCCGAUCCCGCUGACGCCGGAGGAAGGGGAGAGGGUCGAAGCCGGGCUGAAGAACAGCAACGUGACGUUCGAGCUGAAAGGGAACACGCGCACGCGGUGGCGCGUUUGGGUCAUCGGUUCUGUCAGAUUUUGGUUGCACCUUGAUUGCAGACUUAAGCUUCCCGUUGAUGGAACCACCAUUUACCCAAAGUGCAACACUAAGUCUAGGUAGAUUAUUAUAUUAUAUAUAUUUCUUCAUUUUUGAUCUCCACUUCUCAUGGAUGGACCGGAGAAAUUAAUAAAUAUUGCACCAUAUAUUUUCUUGAUUUUUUUUUCUUCUUAUUUUUGUUGAAUUGGAACUUAAUUAUUGGAGUGUACAAUAUAAAUGGUGAUGUUUUUGUAACCAGCAUUAUAUUGCUGCAGUUCUGUUGCUUCUAAUGUAUAUCAAAUUCUUGAGUGUAAAAUAGCGGUGAGCCGGUAACUGAGUCAAGCUAUUCGGUUUG